AUGUCGCCCUCCAAGAAGCGGAAGCCACGCAACUCCACCAUUGACUCGGUGAAUUUCUUCAAUGAGAUCAGUGGCUCGAGCGCGCCUUCGAGGCGCAAUACCACACACAGCGCGUCUACUCCGCCCCGAGACGCGAGACGAGACGUCUUCGAUAUCCCCGUGACACCUCCGAAAAGGCGCAGAGCGAUACCACCUCAAAGUGAACCUCCCCUAACGAGACAACUGCGAAGUCGCAACAUUGAUAUUUCACCACCGAAGGCCGCAUCUAUACCUGAAGACCAGACUCCCGCGUCGUCACCUCCGGAGGUCGAGGAAGCAGAUGAGGACCCGGAACCCCGCGACGAAGCCAAUGAAGAAGAGCACCUCGGACUAGACCACGAUUCACAUCCAGAAGAGGAAAAUGAGGAAGAAGAGACACGUCAGGAGGAAAACGAACAUGAGGAGGAAGAUCUCGAGGAGGACCCUCUACCGAACCGUGUGAAUCUCUGGCCAGAGGAUUCAGAUAAUGUCCCCGAUGACUCCAGCGAUGGGGCCUCUGUCAUACUCGACGAUCAACCAACAUCAUAUCAAAAAGAACCCAAAUUUGACAACAUUGAAGUCGUGGUCGAUAAUCGGAGUAGUGUUGACCAACCAAAUGGACACGACCAUGAUCCCAGCUACGUCGAAUCGUCUGUGCUUGAAAGUGAAGAAAGUGAGCAGGAUGAUGAUUAUUUCCCAUGGGAAGAUUCCGAAGGCGAGCGACAAAGGGCCCAGCAGCUUCAAGCGAUUGAUCCCGAGCCCACCAUUGCUGUGGAACCUGUGGAUGACACUCGCGAUGAGCAGCCCUCUAAUGGCCCACCAAUCAACGAAUCGCCACAUAAAGAGCGCUCUCAGAAGAAUGAACUGCAAGAUCUAAGCCGGUGGCUUGCGCAGGAGAUAGAGUCAUCUCCCCAGGGUGCACUAUGGGAAAUCCUUCGCAAUUGCAGGCGAAACUUGCGAAAAGUUGCGAUCAAACCCAUACCAGAGUAUCUUACUGGAGCCAACUCUGAGGUCACAGAGAUGCGGCAGCUUUACUACGACAUAAUCAACACAUCCACCUUAUCAUGGGAAACACAAAAGGAGCUCAGCAAUCUUCGAGAAGCCGUCCGUACCGAAGCCACACGCAUCUUCGAGUACGCAGCCGAGGAGGCACCGGAAGAAACGGGUGAAGGCGCCGAGCUGCUUAAUCAAUUCGAGGCACAUGUGGUGGGCUCUUUGAUUACCCUAGCCACCUUUGGCUACAGAGCUUACAAAAUGUUGGGCUCAACAGCAUACGCGCAGUUUGAGGGUAUGCUGGAGUUGUUGAUGUGGUGCUGCACUCAGAUCUUCAAUUACGCGCAGACUUCCUAUUUGAUGGGAACGCAGGCCAGGUCGAAGGCCAUUCUUCUGCCCCUGAGGCGCAUCACCAAGGCUCUUGGGAUGGGUAGUAGUUUAGGUGCAAGCGGAGCCUCGAGCAGGGUGUCAAGCAGUAUCCGUCCAACGGUAGCCACUCAGGGUGAUAUGUCUUUUACCCAAGACGACAGUAUCUUCACGCAAUGGACGCAAGUGGCAGACUAUGAUAUACCCCCAUCACAGCGCCCAUGGUCUCAGGAUGAAGAGAAUGCCCUCCGUGAUGGGGUACGGCGAUUCUCUGAAUAUGGUGAUCCUAUCCCAUUGGUCAUGAGUCAUUAUGGACAUCGUUUGCGACGGCGAACGUGUCGGGAUCUCAAAGCCAAAUUGGACGGGCUGGGCCCGUUCGUUGAUGAUUUCUAG